AUGGAAGCUGUGGCUACUGAACCUGUAAAACUUAUACUGGAGAAAUUGUUGGAGAAAUUGUUUGCGGUAGCCUCUGAAGAAAUCAGACUGGUGUGGGGUUUCAAGAAAGAAUUUGAAAAUCUGAAAAAAUACUUGAAAUUGCUCAACGAAGUCCUGGAAGAUGCUGCGAUGCGCGAAAUCACCGACAAUGCUGUUAAAAGCUGGCUCAAGGAACUUGAAGAUGCUGCAUAUUACUCCUACAAUGUUUUGGAUGAGAUCGACUAUGAACAUUUGCGUCGUACAAUAAAGCCGAAGGGGUGCUUAAACUUAGCAUUCUAUACUAAUAUCACUUUGGCAUUUCAAUGGAAGAUGGCUCACAAAAUCAAGGACAUAAAUGCCAAUUUUAUAAGGAUAAACAAUGAAGCUGAUAAACUUUGCCUCAAGAGAGUUACAGAUUAUCCUCGUGCACAGCCUCCGGUCAUUGACACUACCAGCGUAACUGUUGAUCCAAUUGUCAUUGGAAGAGAAAGUGAUGAAUCAGAAAUUCUGGAGACUAUAACCAGGUCAAUCAACAAUGUCCUUUCAGUCCUUCCCAUAGUCGGAAUGGGAGGAAUUGGCAAGACAACUUUAGCACGCAAGAUUUUCAAUCACCCUCAAACACAAAACCACUUCGACAAAAGAAUUUGGGUUUGUGUAUCAAAAAACUUUGAUCAGAUGACACUUUUUAAAAGGAUCCUGGAGUUAUUAUUAGACAAAGAUUUCGGUGGAGCUAGCAAGGAAGCUGUUGUUCAAAAGAUUCAAGACGAAUUAAAAGAAAAAAGAUACUUGAUUAUUCUCGAUGAUUUAUGGAAUUAA